AUGACUGAAGCUGGAGCAGCCGGACGGAAGAUUAAAUUUGGACGUUUUGAGGUGUCAAAGCAGGUCUUCCUCACAACACCACACUCCUUCGCCCUGGUGAAUCUCAAGCCUCUUAUCCCAGGUCAUGUCCUCGUCUGUCCACACAACCCGCACAAACGCCUCACGGACCUAACGCCGACUGAGACGGCGGACCUCUUCACGACGGUGCAGCUCACGCAGCGCCUCCUCGCGCGCGCCUACUUCCGCACCCCCGAGCCUGAAGCCGGCAGCUUCUCGGUGGCGGUGCAGGACGGCGCGGACGCAGGCCAGACGGUGCCGCAUGUGCAUGUGCAUAUCGUCCCCCGAACGGCGGGGGAUAUGGGAAGCCCAGACGCCGUGUAUGUCAAGCUUGCGGCCGAGGAGGGGAAUGUGGGCGGCGCGCUGUGGGAUAGGGAGGUUGGUGCUCGGCCGCAGCCGGGUGGAGGUUUGACGAGGGUAGACGAUGAGGAUCGGAAGCCUAGGAGUGAGGAGGCGAUGGCGGAGGAGGCGGAACGGUAUAAAGCUAUUCUGAAGGAGAUGGGUGUUGAAUAA